GUGAAGAUUUGCACGGCUGCGGUUGUACUGACGUUGAAUGGACUCAAAUCUCGUUUGACGAUAUGGGGGUUGAACGAGAAAUCAAAAGUAUAUAAAGGAGAACCAAAUUCCACGAGAUUCUCAUUCUUCACAACUCACUCAACUCAAGGCAAAGAACGAAGUUGACAGCUCUACAAUCAAUCUUUUGAAUCGAUCUCCCGCAACGAACUUUUUGAAUAUCCAAAAAAAAAUGAAGCUCUCCAUUCUCUCCACAGGACUCGCAGUCCUUGCGCAGUUCGUCUCUGCUGCUCCAACACCAACUGAAGGUGAUGCUAUUGCUGAGCGUGCAAACAUCGCUAAGAGAGCUACUAUCACCGAUGUUGCCACUACCGGCUUUGCAACCCAAAACGGCGGAACCAAAGGAGGAGCCGGCGGCGCUACCACCACCGUUUCUACACUUGCUCAAUUCACAGCAGCAGUAACCAACGACGAAGUUGCAAGAGUCAUUGUCGUUAGCGGUACCAUCUCUGGUUCUGUCAAAGUCAGAGUUGGAUCCAACAAGACAAUCAUUGGAAAGAAAGGAGCUACACUCAUUGGAAUUGGUCUCUAUAUCAACAAAUCCACAAACGUCAUUGUGAGAAAUAUCAUUAGUCAGAAGGUUCUGGCUGCCAAUGGCGAUGCUAUUGGUAUCCAAGCAGCAAAGAAUGUUUGGAUUGAUCAUGUCGAUGUCUCCUCUGAUCUCAACAACGGCAAAGACUACUACGAUGGUCUCAUCGACGUCACCCACGCCUCCGACUGGGUCACCAUCUCCAACUCAUACAUUCACGACCACUUCAAGGCUUCUCUCAUCGGCCACUCUGACAACAACGCUGCUGAAGAUACCGGACAUCUCACCGUUACCCAACACAACAACUACUGGUCUAACAUCGGAUCUCGCACUCCAUCUUUCAGAUUCGGAACUGGCCACGUAUUCAACAGCUACUUCUUGAACGCCAACACCGGUAUUGACACCAGAGACGGUGCCCAAAUCUUGGUCCAAAGCAACGUUUUCAAGAAUGUCAGUGAGCCAAUCGCCGCGCUUUACAGUGAUGACACCGGAUACGCCAACGCAUUCGACAACGACCUCGGUGGAUACGCCAACACAGCCCCAGUCGGCAAAUUGACCACCACCUCCCUCCCAUACUCAUACUCCUUGUUAGGUAGCGGAAGUGUCGUUGCCGCUGUUGUAGGCUCUGCAGGUGCUACUUUGGCUUUGUAAACGAGCUAGCGAGCGACCGAACAAGCUGGAGAGUUCUGAUGAGAAGCUCAAAAGGUGUGUGGAGAUGACGGGACAGGGAUUUACGAGAUGCAGGGUGGUUUGUCGAAUGAAGUUGUUUUUAUUCUUAUGGAUAGGUAGUUUUUGGUGAAUGAAUGCAUCAAUGAAUGGGUGGAGAGAGGAAGGGACGUACAUAGUUUGGCA